UGUGUGUGUGUGUGUGUGUGUGUGUGUGUGUGUGUGUGUGUGUGUGUGUGUGUGUGUGAAGAACGAGGAAACAGAGUGAGCACUGAUCAAACCACAGAGACGUGCAGCAGUUAAACUGAAGUCACAAAGUCUCCGACCGGCCGCUGGACAACAGCCAACAAUGAGGUACACGUUCAAACCGGACGACUGCAUGGUCAUCACCAUCCCUCUCACUAGUGUCAGGAACGCAGCAGAGGGACAGCUCAUGCCUGACAAAUUCAGCUGCAGGUUCAAGGACACCUAUAAAGUGUAUCAGCGCGGCUGGCCCAAAGCACUCGGGGCAGCUCAGAUCGCCACUGCAGUCUUUAUCCUGUGUUUGGGAGGAAUCAAACUCAGCUUCAAUCCUCGUUCACUUUUUUCUUUUCUUUGUUUUGUCAUGAUUCCAAGCAUCCUGUUCUUUGUUUCUGGCAGUCUUGCGAUCGCCGCUGCACAAACUCCCUUAAUGCCCUUGAUGAAGGUGUCGUUUGUCUUCAACAUCAUUAGCCUCUGCUUGGGAAUUAGCUUGGCCAUUUUUGUAUGUGUGGACAUUAGUAUUACCCACUUUCAUGGUCCUCCUGAGUUUAUACAGGACAGAAUAGAAAUGGGAUUAAUCUGGAUAUUCUUAGUGUUGUUCCUCUUCGAGUUUCUCCUCUCUGUGAUCCUGAUCCACUGGGAGAGUAAAGCAUUGUGUCGAACUCAUUUCAACAGCCUGCCCAUGAUCACACUGAAGCAGGACAUGUGAGCUGUGAUGGACUUCAUAAGGCAAAUGUUUUAUGACUGUUAACCUCAGAUGAGUUUAGUUAUUAAACUAUUCCACUUACUUUUACUUGUUUCUUUGAGGAUCUGCUGGUUAAUAAGCCGUUGUGUUUGUAGGUUUAAAGUAAAACAUUGUAUAUCUGAAUUUAAGUGUAAAGUAAUAAAUGCUUAUAAACUUUAUGUAAUUUUAGAUUUUAUCCUUUCUAUCUUGCCCAUGUUUGUAUGGCUUGGCGAAUAAAACUGCACGUUGACUUCA